AGUCGUUCAACUUGUCGGAUAGUCAACGCAAUUAGAAGAGUUUGAGGAACACGUGCAAAAAUAAUUCUGAACUUUCUUGACGAUUUUUUUUUUCAUUUGACUAUCAAAAUAUACUGAAUUCAGAGAUUGCAAAAAUGGCAAAUCCAAUUCCGGUUCUCGAUAGCGAUGAAGAGGUUCAAUACAUCAAAAAAGCCAAUUCCAUACAAUUCGGCGUCAACAACAAUGAUGACAAUAAAGACUUUUAUGCCCGACGAGCUAGACGUGAUAACGUAAUCGGUCCAUGGCAGCCAUGUGAAAUGCUGAAGAUGGUUGAAAAUGUCGAUAAAUCAAACGAAAAAUUGUUUAUCGUUCGGUAUUAUCGUGAUCUACAUAAAAAGGAUGUACCGGAAUACGAAUUGGCCAGUCGAAAAAUACCAAAGCCUGUUGAAUUGCCGAUUGGUACUCGCAUUAUUGCACGUCGACGUUCCGAUAUAUUGCCGUACUUGAUCGAUGAAUCCGGUCAAAAAAUUCUUACGUUGUAUAGCACCGAUACCCAGUACUACCCGGCUAUCGUUGCUAGCUUCUAUGAUCAACGUUUCAUGGUGUUUUUCGAUGAUGGCGUUGUACAAUUAACGAAACUGAAAUACAUACGUCGUGUUCUUGGAAACACCCGAUUUGAUCAUGCUCACUGGAAUGCAAAGUCAUACUUUGAAUGGUUUUUAAAGCAACCACAUCGAUUGGAGGUCAAAGAUCCGGAAAUUGGAAUGGACCUGAAGGUCGAGUUAAAUGGUUCGAAUGAAAAUGCCAAAGUGUUGAAAGUAGAACAUUCAUUGGCUCACAUUUAUUUUGAAAAACAGAAUCGAUACGAAUGGAUCUAUUUGGGCAGCCCACGCAUCACUCGCGUAUACCGCGAAUUAAUUAAACAAAAGAAAUUGGAUGAUCUGAUUGACUUCAAGACGUUUAAAACAUGUCUCAGUGCCGCUGAUGAUAUCGUUCUGAUCGAUCCAGUUGAUGAGCCAGAAGAGACGAAUGUUGAGAUUGAUGAAAUUGGGCCGGCCACAGCAAGUCGUGCCACGAAAGCACCAAAAACACAUAAAUGCUCGCACGAAUGUGUUCAAUUUGAAGAUAAGAUCAAACUUGGCGACUAUAGCAUACUUCAGCGGCCAUUCGCUACAGGUUGGCACCGAAAUGUGAAUAAAAAGGUUAUUUACCGAGCCCCGUGCGGUCUAUCACUCCAAAACAUUAAAUCCGUGCACAAGUAUUUGACGAACACCGACUCAAAGUUGAACGUUAACUCCUUUGAAUUUAACAAAAACUGUGAAAUAGCACCCAUUGAUACGGACACGGCCAAAGACACAGUCAAACCGAAGGAUAUUUCACAUGGAAUGGAAAAUUUACCGGUCACCAUAUGUGGAGAAAUGACGUCGGUAUCUUUCAACUACACGAAAGAUUAUAAAUUUGACUAUAUCGACGAAGAGCCAACGAAUAACCUUGGUCGUACUGGUUGCGACUGUACCGAUUGUAGUGAUAAAUCGCGAUGUUCAUGCUUUCAACUGACCAUUGAGCGUUUGAUGGGCAAAUAUCCAAGUAAACAUGAACUGGAUAAAAGUGGCGAGAUUGGAUACGAUUACAUGAAGCUCAAGAAGAUCGUUAAAACUGGCAUUGUCGAGUGUGGAGAAAAUUGCAACUGUUGUGCGGAAAAAUGCUUGAAUCGGGUUGUACAAAAUGGAUUGCAACACAAACUGGAGCUGUUUUUAACCGAUAGCAAAGGUUGGGGUGUUAGAGCGACGACUGAUAUCCCAGAAGGCGUUUUUGUGUGCAUCUAUUCGGGCGAUAUUCUUCAUGACAAUAAAGUGACUGAUAAACGAACAACAUUGUAUCAAUUUCGAUUGCCAUCAUUUCCGAUCGAUCAGGAAUUCGAUGCAGAUAGCGACAGUGAUUCGGAUGGCGAGCCCGAUUCGAAAAGAUUACGUGACGGAUCGGACGAUGUGAUACAACCAUUCAUUAGUUAUUUUCCCACUUUCAUGCGGAUCGGAAAUGCACAACACUUUCCUGAUUCCGAAGACUACAAAUCACAUGGUUACAUCAUCGAUGCAUUGCAUAAUGGCAAUUUUUCGCGAUUCAUUAAUCAUUCUUGUGAUGCAAAUUUAUUUGCUCAAGCCGCUUACAUAAAAGAUGAUAAACGUUUUCCGAGCAUUGCAUUUUUCAGCAGUCAAUUGAUCAAAGCCGGCGAAGAGCUCACCAUUGACUAUAAUUAUGAAACGGUGAAAAAGGGCGCAGAAGGACAGACAAGAUGCCAAUGUGGUACAGCCAAGUGCAGAAAGUGGCUUUUUUAAACACUUUCUAUGAUGGCUACACAUAAUAAAACAAGGUUUCUUCGAAUAAGAUACAUAAUAAUUGUUUUAUAUUUGAUAUUUAAACAGAAAGAAAAAAAAUUCUUGAACAAAAAUUAGUUAUAAGUGCAUUGGGCUAGUUAAUAUUGAUGUAAAUUAUCAGAGCCUGAAUGCAUGAAUUAAGGCGACGUACGUUGUACGUUUUUUGCCUUUCUCCUCUUUUAAUCGACCAAACUGAAAUUAACAAAUGAUUUUCUUUAUAUCGUGGCCAAUGAAUGAAUUGCGCCAUGUGAAUACGGUAUAAUUUUGAGAUGUAAGUGGAUGAAUACUCUUAAAAUGUACUAUUAAAUGUUU